UGCAGCAGGACCGGGUCCGGCGCAGCCCAGUGGCAGGAGGAGGGCGAGGCGGGGGAAGGCGCGGGCUGUAGGGGGAGCUGGCAGCCGGUGCUCCCGCCAGCCUGCAAGAAUGCUGCUGCAGGGGGUCGGGGGUUUGGGGAGGUGCUAACCCCCCAGCCCCACAUCGGGGCUGGAGGACUGGCCCUGAGGGUGGUCCAGCAAGCAGCCCAGCACCUGGAGGGACAGCAAGAAGGGGGUCCUGGGGGGCCAUUCACCCCAGUGCGGGGCUCAUCCCUCUGACAGCCCAGAAGAAGAGAAGAGAGGAGAGGAGGGAGAUCUUGGUGCGCCAUCGUCUUCCAUGUCUCUCUGAGCAUCUUUUUUUUGGGGCAAGAGUGCGAGAGAAAGAGAGAGCGCGCGCCUGGGAGAGGAGACAAGAAGAUGAGGAUUAUCUGCAAGCAGAUUGUCUUGUUAUUUUCUGGAUUUUGGGGUAUCGCCAUGGGAGCCUUUCCGAGCAGCGUGCAAAUAGGCGGUCUCUUCAUCCGAAACACAGACCAGGAAUACACUGCUUUUCGAUUAGCAAUUUUUCUUCACAACACUAGCCCCAAUGCGUCGGAAGCUCCCUUUAAUUUGGUACCCCAUGUGGACAACAUUGAGACAGCCAACAGUUUUGCUGUAACAAAUGCUUUCUGCUCCCAAUAUUCCAGAGGAGUAUUUGCCAUUUUUGGACUCUAUGAUAAGAGGUCAGUGCAUACCUUGACAUCAUUCUGCAGCGCGUUACACAUCUCCCUCAUCACGCCAAGUUUUCCUACUGAGGGGGAGAGCCAAUUUGUGCUGCAGCUGAGACCCUCCCUACGAGGAGCUCUCCUGAGUCUGUUAGAUCAUUAUGAGUGGAACUGCUUCGUCUUCUUGUACGACACAGACAGGGGAUACUCAAUACUUCAAGCUAUUAUGGAAAAAGCAGGACAAAAUGGUUGGCAUGUCAGCGCUAUAUGUGUGGAAAAUUUUAAUGAUGUAAGCUACAGGCAACUUCUAGAAGAGCUUGAUAGAAGACAAGAGAAGAAAUUUGUCAUCGACUGUGAGAUAGAGAGGCUUCAAAACAUAUUAGAACAGAUUGUAAGUGUUGGGAAACAUGUUAAAGGCUACCAUUAUAUCAUAGCAAAUUUGGGAUUUAAAGACAUUUCUCUCGAGAGAUUUAUCCAUGGUGGUGCCAAUGUUACAGGAUUCCAGUUGGUAGAUUUUAACACACCUAUGGUAGCCAAAUUAAUGGAUCGCUGGAAGAAACUAGACCAGAGAGAGUAUCCAGGAUCUGAGACUCCUCCAAAGUACACAUCUGCUCUAACGUACGAUGGAGUCCUCGUGAUGGCUGAGACUUUCAGAAACCUUAGAAGGCAGAAAAUUGAUAUUUCAAGGAGAGGCAAUGCUGGUGAUUGUCUAGCAAAUCCUGCUGCUCCCUGGGGACAGGGAAUUGACAUGGAGAGGACACUCAAGCAGGUUCGAAUUCAGGGACUGACAGGAAAUGUGCAGUUUGAUCAUUAUGGACGUAGGGUCAACUACACAAUGGACGUGUUUGAGUUAAAGAGCACAGGACCUAGGAAGGUUGGUUACUGGAAUGAUAUGGAUAAAUUAGUCUUGAUACAAGAUGUCCCCACUCUUGGCAAUGAUACCGCAGCUAUUGAGAACAGAACAGUUGUUGUAACAACAAUUAUGGAAUCCCCAUAUGUUAUGUACAAGAAAAAUCAUGAAAUGUUUGAAGGAAAUGACAAGUAUGAAGGAUACUGUGUAGAUUUGGCAUCUGAAAUUGCAAAACAUAUUGGUAUCAAGUAUAAAAUUGCCAUUGUCCCUGAUGGAAAAUAUGGAGCAAGGGAUGCAGACACAAAAAUCUGGAAUGGGAUGGUAGGAGAACUUGUUUAUGGGAAAGCAGAGAUUGCCAUUGCCCCUCUGACGAUCACUUUGGUCCGAGAGGAGGUCAUUGACUUCUCUAAACCCUUCAUGAGCUUGGGCAUAUCUAUCAUGAUCAAAAAGCCUCAGAAAUCUAAACCAGGAGUGUUUUCCUUCUUGGACCCUCUGGCCUAUGAGAUCUGGAUGUGCAUUGUCUUUGCCUACAUUGGUGUCAGCGUGGUCUUGUUCCUAGUCAGUAGGUUCAGUCCCUACGAGUGGCACACGGAAGAGCCAGAGGAUGGAAAGGAAGGGCCCAGCGACCAGCCGCCCAACGAAUUUGGCAUCUUCAACAGCCUCUGGUUUUCCCUGGGUGCGUUCAUGCAGCAAGGAUGUGACAUUUCACCCAGAUCCCUCUCAGGUCGAAUUGUUGGCGGUGUUUGGUGGUUCUUUACCCUCAUCAUCAUCUCAUCUUAUACUGCCAAUCUCGCUGCUUUCCUAACGGUUGAGAGAAUGGUCUCACCCAUAGAAAGUGCAGAAGACCUGGCCAAGCAGACAGAAAUUGCCUAUGGAACACUGGAUUCAGGGUCAACAAAAGAAUUCUUCAGAAGGUCCAAAAUAGCUGUGUAUGAAAAGAUGUGGACCUACAUGCGAUCAGCAGAGCCAUCCGUGUUCACGAGGACCACAGCCGAGGGAGUAGCUCGCGUCCGCAAGUCCAAGGGCAAAUUCGCCUUCCUUCUGGAGUCCACCAUGAAUGAGUACAUCGAGCAGCGCAAGCCUUGUGACACCAUGAAAGUGGGAGGCAAUCUGGAUUCCAAAGGCUACGGAGUAGCAACGCCCAAGGGCAGCUCAUUAAGAAAUGCUGUUAACCUCGCAGUUUUAAAACUGAAUGAACAAGGCCUCUUGGACAAAUUGAAAAACAAAUGGUGGUACGACAAAGGAGAAUGUGGCAGCGGGGGCGGUGACUCCAAGGUCAGCCUCAAUGUCACCAAAAGCGGAACUCCUGUAAACCUUGCCGUUUUGAAACUCAGUGAGGCAGGCGUCUUAGACAAGCUGAAAAACAAAUGGUGGUACGAUAAAGGUGAAUGUGGACCCAAGGACUCUGGAAGCAAGGACAAGACGAGUGCCUUGAGUCUGAGCAAUGUGGCGGGCGUCUUCUACAUUCUGGUUGGCGGCCUGGGCUUGGCCAUGCUGGUGGCUCUGAUAGAGUUCUGUUACAAGUCCAGGGCAGAAGCCAAGAGAAUGAAGCUGACCUUCUCUGAAGCCAUAAGAAACAAAGCGAGAUUGUCCAUCACGGGGAGCGUGGGGGAAAACGGCCGCGUCUUGACACCCGACUGCCCGAAGGCUGUUCACGCCGGGACUGCCAUCAGACAAAGUUCGGGACUGGCUGUCAUUGCAUCGGACCUCCCGUAAAAACCAAAAACAUAAUCGAGUGCCUUAAUCACACUGCAGCGGUGACUGAAGGAAGUCCAGCCCGGGGGGCUGCAGGCCACAAGCCCCACCCGAGCAGCAGAGCCAGCCUGGCUCAGAGCUGGAGGCCACGGAAUGCGCCUGGCAGCAGCAGCAGCGGCAGCAGCAACGUGUGCAUGAGCUCAGCUCGGAAACCCAAACUCAGAUUUUCUAUCAGGAAAACUCACAAUCUGGGGUUGUUUUCUUUUUCUUUUCUUUUUCCUUUUUAGUUUCUGGGGGGUGGGGGAGGUGGGAUCUGGGGUGGGUGUAUUAACAGCCACAAAUUUCACUCGAGUGGACUUAAAAAAACUAAUCGGAUUUUGCAAGCUAGUGCAUCAAACCCGUGAAGUUCUUGCUCAGAAAAGAAAUAAAAUAAAAUAAAAUAAAAUAAAAGCCUUUUUGUCUUCACCGCAGGGGACAAACUAGUUCUAGAAGUCAGUGAACAUGCUAACCUUUGUCUUCAGAACACGUGUCGAUUCCGUGGAAGGCUAUCCAGCUGAGACAACGAAUCACCGAACUGUGAGAAAACAAUAAACAUGUAAAUUCUGUGAAAAAAAAAAUUUAAAGGAAGUAUUUACACUUACUUUGGAGAAAACAAAUACUGAGACAUGCUUGCUUUUUAACGGACAUAAAAAUCAGUAGAAGACAACACAGUUCUUUUUUCUAACCAUCUUAGGGAGCAAUACAUUGCAAUAAUUGAUAUAAAUGCCACCACUGUAAUAAAUGGUAGGGACUUUUUUUUAUAAAGGUUGUUGGUCAUCUUCGUUUGCUGUAACCUCCACAGAUUGCAUUUGUCUCACUACCAGGAACGAAAACAAACGAAGACAGUUCUAACAUAAAACCAUAAGUCCGCGAUGUAGAAUCAAAAAAGACUACGGGUCACUCAUGCUAUUGAUAUUAUUUAUAAUCUUGUUCUGUGUACAAAAUUGUGGUUUUUGUACCCACCAAAAAAGAAUAAAACGACAGAUGUUCUUACAAUA